AUGCGUAGCGAGAUCACCCCGCCCACUCCCGGUCUCUGCUAAGGAACUGGUCCUUUUCGAGUUCAUAGAGAGCGGGAUCCCGAACUCCCACUGACUUGAGAAGCCCAUGGGACCGACACAAGACUUGGCCCCGGGAUUCCAUCUCAGUCUUCAAUGCCUCUCGCGUGGGUGCGAGCUUCCCCCCAACUCAGGGCCCCCGAGAUUCCAUCAUCUAACCUCCACGUGGGAUAUAGGAGGAAACCGAGCCCCCACUAGGCAAGGCUUGGGAUUGGAACCCAAGACCCCUUACUCGGGUUGUUCUAGGCCCUUCCUCAGCCUUGGAGUUCGUGACUGCCCUAGUUUUCGUCCCCAGUUCGUCUUGCCAGAAUCCCCCCAGGCUUCUUGGUGGUGACCCGCGCUUAGAGAUCCUUUCCCUGGAAAUGUUUGCGAAUGGUUGCCUGGCGGCCCCUGUCUCGGUACCUAUGGUGAGAUGAGGGCCACGCUGCCUGUGGUCGUGGAGGAGCUUCUGAGCGAGAUCGCCUCCUGCAGGGACCUGGCCAAAGUUCCUGAUGAACUCCUGUUGGCGUUGAAGUUUCUAUUUGGCGCUUCUGCUGUCCAGGCCUUGGAUCUUGUCGAUCGACACUCUGUCACCCGGAUCUCCUCUCCUAGCGGGAGAAUUGUCUAUCAGGUGCUUGGGAGCUCCGGGAAGGUGUACACGUGCUUUGCCUCCUGCCAUUACUGCUCGUGCCCGGCCUUCACCUUCUCUGUGCUUCGGAAGAGCGACAGCCUGCUGUGCAAGCAUCUCUUGGCCACCUACCUUAGCCUGGCCAUGGGGGUGUGCCAGGACCUGAGCGUUUCUAACAAGCAGCUGGCUGGCAUCUUGUUGGCACAGGAGGACCAAGAAGGAUAAACCAGCCUCGAGGGCAUCCCCGCCACCACCUCUGUGUAUCUUUGGAGAUGGAACUUUGCCCAGUGAGGGAGUAUUUCCCACUUCCCUUCCCUUGAAGCAGAGCUGCUG